AUGCUUCCUGAUCUGGUGAAAUUGCUACUAUUCGCUUUAAUUCAAGCUGCUGAAGGGGCGCUACUACGAAUUAACAAGUGGUACGAGCUCCCAAUGGUAGCGGGCCAACGAGCAGUACUCGACUUCAAUCUCUAUUUGACUUGCGAGAGAUUCUCGCUGAUAUUCGCGAGUGAUAUCGACGACUUGAAUCGUCUCACAUUCUUGUUCGAUGGAGAGGAUUUACGUAAAGUUGAUGUCGAUUCGCCUGACUACGUCACCGUGCCUUCACCUCCACCUGUAAUCGGUGGCUGUCGAGAGACCGACUUCAAAGCUCUUCAAGUAAACGUGAGCUUCCGAGAGCAUACGAUUGAAGUCCAAAUAGGUCGUCAAGUAGCAAUUCGACCAAAGAGCAACACAUCUGAAAUUAUGCGGUUACUCCUACCUCAGAAAGGUGCCUGCUGUCUGGUCAGUGGUGCCUUGAUGCUUGGCAAUGAGUCAUUGACAGAAUCCAUUCUCUUCGAUUCUGAUGGUGCGUUCCGUCUACUGAUCGAUAUUCGAGAAGCAAAUUUUUCGAAGCAGCCCUUCACUCCAACGGCGUCUACCCCAUCGUAUAAUACCAAGCAUCGAGCCCUUCUGGUAGACAUGCGUAUUCCGCCGUCAACAAAGCCCACUCGUGCCCCUGACGUCCGACAGCUUUCUUGGACUGAAAUGGUGAAUCGCGAGUGGUCGGUCUCAUUUUUGGUCUGCUCAAUUUCUGUUUCGGUUGUGAUGGUUGUUAUGGUUACCCUUGGCAUUAGUAAAAGAAGCAGGGCAGAUAUAGCUGAUGAAGCGCUCGAUGAGAGUGCGCCAGCAGAACGUCAGAAGGCUACUAUACAUUUCCAUAGAGGCGCUGCUUUGAAAGCACCUCCGAAUCGUGGCAGACCCCCUCAUAAACCUGAUAGACCAGUACCUCCCUAUAAACUUACAAGACCAUUACCUUCUUUCAAACCAGCUUCCCCAAGACCGCUACCCCCUCAUCAUCCUGGCUCUCCUGGACCCAUUCCUCCUCAAAAGCCUAGUUCAUCGAACCCGGUGCCCUCUCAGAAGCCGGAUCCAUUGCACUCCAACAAGCCUCCACCAGUACCCUCAUCUUCUGAAGAAACUACUAAACGAGUCCCGACACCUACAGUACCUAGAGAAGAGACAGCAGUAUCGGGAACUGUACCAUCACCCGAAGUCACCCAGAAAACUGAUUCUGCUACUCCAACAUCAAAAAAACCUCCAGAAGGACCAUACAAGCCUGUGAUAGUAGGGCGAGAAAGGCAGCCUAUUCACACAGUUCCACCUCCACCCGAUAUUUGGAAGAAGUUGGAAAUAGGUAGAGAAGUCAGGAGGUACUGGGAAUUGGAAUGGUCAAAAAGUACAUUUUCCAAAGAGUGUUCGGAACACGUUUUACAGGUGGUGCCAUUGUACUUCUGGCCAGGUGAGCGACUGGAUCUCCCAUGCCACAUGUGUGAACUAUCAAUGGCCUACAAUGGGAAGGUAAAAUAUUGGGCAAAAGCCGAAAAACUGGAAGAAUUCCUCACAGAACCUCAGAUCAAUGUGCUGUCAAGAAAAGACCUCUACUCAAUUGUUCAAGAUAAUAUUCAUUCUACAGCUCCUGGCGGAACUGAGUUCAAGCCUUUCAAUAUGGUCCACAUUCCGGGUAAUCCCGAAGGCACACCUCCUACAAUGCCAACGCCAAUGUUCUAUCAAAGAAAUGGAAAGCUGUCAAUAAUUCAUGCCAAUCCAAGUAAUCAAGGAGUAUAUUUCUGCUAUGAUGAGCUAUCAAUUGGCAUAACCAAUCUAUUCUAUGUGGUACAAGCAAUGACUCCACCGGUGUCCAUUUUCGACAGUGAUCGUAUACCAGAAGAAGAAAUGCAUCUUUUUGAUGAUUUUUGUAGCACUAAAGACGGUUCUGUUCAAAUUUCUCCGGCUAUCAAUUGGCGUUUUCACUUUCAACCAACAUUUCGUGAUGAUAAACCUGAACAUUGUACUAAAGGAACGGUUUGUGAGGACUAUCAGGAAAUGACCGGAUCCAUGUGGCGGUCCGACAACGAGACCUGCACACUGGACGGAUGCAGAGUCAGUAUUCCACCGAUUCAAAUGCAAAACUCACAAUUCGAUCCUGGCCUCGAUAUUGAACUACGAUGGGAAGACUGGUCUAGCUGUGAUGGGAAUGUGCCCGCUCAAAGACGGGAAGCUCACUGCUACAUUGUGACUCAGCCAGGAUUCACCGUAGACGAAGAUGCUGAAGAACUCGCUUCUGGAAUUCUCGAGUUUGAAUGGGCAGUGAAGCUCGGCCAACUGUUACGAUCAGAGGGAAUGAGGAAUUACGGUGUACGACUUCACAGUUCCACAGUAGCAGCCUAUCUGUACCGUCAAACUGUUCUGCAGGGAUGUGGCACCGUUGAGGAAGGAGUACGCAUUGCUGUAGACAGUCCCACUAUCCUUCGUUUGUUCCAAGAAUCCAGUUCUUUCAGUUCCACAGUAGCAGCCUAUCUGUACCGUCAAACUGUUCUGCAGGGAUGUGGCACCGUUGAGGAAGGAGUACGCAUUGCUGCCGACGACGUUUGGAGGAAAUAUCUAUUACGGACCAUGGGUGUGAAAGAUGAGAAUGGGAAGCAAAUUGAAAGAAACUACGAGUCCCCUUUCAAUCUCGAAAAUGCUUUUCAAGCAUGUCUGAGGUACCAGAAAACUGGUGAAAAUCAUGAGAUGAUCAUCGGAACGUAUAUGGUAGAGACACGCGACUGUUUCUGA